AUGCCCCUGUUGCUGCUGCUAGCCGGGGUGAUCCUGCUCUGGUCGGACCCCGGCUCCGCGUCUGAGCAGGCCGAGCUGAUGUUCUUGGGGCAGACCCAGUUCGUGUUCAACGAGAGCAGCGAUGCAGUGGUCCGCCUGGUGGUAAAGAGAGAGGGCGACCCUGUCAACGUCACAGUGCUGGUCUUGCUGGAGGGAGAGGACACGGGAGACUUUGUUUCCAGCACGGCCGCAGCCUUCCUGCUGACCUCAGAGUCCAUCAAGACCAUCUUCAUCGGUGUGGAGGACGACAACCUGCCCGAGGCCGAUGAGACCUUCACCUUCAACCUCAGAAUACAGAGCUCGUCCAAUGGCGUGAUACUGGGGACGCCGAACAAAGCCACCGUCACCAUCCUGUCCAACGACAACGCCUUUGGAAUCAUUGCCUUCAACUCUACCGAAGAGAUCACCGUGGAUGAACCAAAGAACGGCAGCCAUCUUGUGCCGCUGACCUUGGUCAGAGAGAAGGGCACGUAUGGAACAGUGACCGUCCACUAUGAGGUGUCCGGGGGUCCGAACCCGGCCAUCGAGGACCUCAGCCCGGACAGAGGGAACAUCACCAUCCCCCCCGGCAUGGCCGUGGUGGUCUUCAACAUCUCCAUCCAGAACGACCAGACCCCCGAGGACGACGAGGUGUUCUGGGUGCGUCUGACGGGCGUGGCGGGCGGGGCCCUCCUGCGGCCCAACGGCAGCAUGGUGGCCCUGAGGGUCCGGCGCAACGACAGCCCGCUGCGCUUCUCCCAGGCCUCGCUGGGGGUCCCCGAGACGGCCGGGGUCAUCACCCUCACUGUCACCCGGGGCCGCCUCACCGAGGGGGGCCCGCUCAUCGGCUCCGACGACACCGAGGUGUCCGUGGACUACGUGGUAGUCAGCGGCCACGGGGCCGCCGGCGCCACGCCCGCCGUGGACUUCACGGACCUCCAGGCGGUCCGCACGCUCACCUUCCCGCCCUUCGUGUACGAGGCGCGGCUGCGGUUCAACGUGAGUGACGACGCGGUGCCGGAGAUCGCCGAGUCGUUCAGCGUGGUGCUGCGGGAGGACAGUGUGCGCGGCGACGCCGUGCUGGUGGCGCCCGCCGCCGCGCUGGUCACCAUCGAGCCCAACGACAAGCCGCACGGCGUGCUGUCCCUGGUCGCCGCCGCCGCCGCCGCUCCGGGCCGGCCGGUCAGCAUCAACGAGGACGUCACGCAGAGAUUCGAGGGGAUCUCCGUGGUGAGGAACGGGGGUAACCACGGCGAGGUGUCCGUCAACUGGACCGUGAGCCGUAACUCCACCCCCGGCGUGCCCGUGUCCGACGACCUGACGCCCGCAGCGGGCACGCUGCUGUUCGCCGCCGGCCAGACCAGCGCCGUGCUGGUGCUGGACGUGGUCCCCGACAACCUCCCCGAAGAGGCAGAGGCCUUCCUCCUCCGGCUGCUGCCCGACACCGUGACCGGGGGAGCGGAGGUGGAUGAGCCCAUGGAGAUGGUGUUCUACCUCCGGGACAGCGACGACGUGUACGGCUCCUUCGGCUUCGACCCUCGGGAGGAGCAGAGCAUCCAGAGCCACCUGGACGGCCGCUUCCUGUCCCUCAGCUUCCUGCGGCAGGGCGGGGCCCUGGGGGCCGUGGCCCUGGGGCUGACGGCCCUCUACCUCCCCGCGGGGCCCCUGGACCCCAGCCUGGCCCGGGACCACGUCCUCAACGUCAGCCGCUCGCUCAGCCUGCGCUUCUCCGACGGCCAGCAGCGGGCGGGGCUGGUGCUUCCCAUCAGGAACGACGCCUUCCUGCAGAACGGAGCGCACUUCCUCAUACUGCUGGACAGUGUGGAGCUGGUGGACAUCCGGACCCCCAUCCCCUCCAUCAGCCCGCGGUUCGGGGGGGCUCUCAACCUGACCCUGACCGUGACCCCGGACAUCGCCAACGGGGAGAUCGGCUUCACCAGCAACGCCACGCUGGCGGUCGUCGAGCCGGAGGACGCUAACGCCACCACGGUGUCCCUGCCGCUGCGGCGCGACGGGACGGACGGACGCGCCGAGGUGUUCUGGAGCCUGCGGCCGGUGGGCGCCGGCCGGGGGGAUAUCACCGCCGACGACCUCGGACCCUUCCGGGGCUCGGUGGUCUUCCUGUCCGGCCAGAGCGACGCCUUCAUCAACUUCACCGUCAUGGCCGACGACGUCCCAGAGGUCAACGAGACGCUGCUGCUCUCCCUGGAUAGGAGCAACGUGGAGAACCAGAUCUUGAAGGCAGGCUUCACCAGCAGAGAGAUCAUCAUCCUGGAGAACGACGACCCUGGGGGCGUCUUCCAGUUCUCAGACCAAGGGCCCUGGGUCAUCAACGAAGGGGAGGCGGUGGAGCUGCGCGUGCUGCGGGCGGCUGGCCAGCUGCUGAGGCAGCUGGUGCGCUACACGGUGGCCCCCCAGGGCAGCGAGGAGUUCUACGGGGCCCCCGGCAUCCUGGAGUUCAACCCCGGGGAGCGGGAGGUGGUGGUGGCCCUGGUGGCCCUUCAGGACGGCGUGCCCGAGCUGGACGAGACCUUCUCCGUGGGGCUCAGCAGCCACAGCACUCCACCGAGUCGCAUCGGCCACCGCAGGGAGGUCAACAUCACGGUGCGGAGCAGCGAUGACCCCUAUGGGGUCAUCCAGUUCAGCCAAUCAGGGCUGGCGGAGGCCAUCAACGAGAGCAAGGGGAGCGAAACACACCAGGCCUCAUACACCGUCACCAGGAACAGGGGUCGCUUCGGGGAGGUGUCCGUGUCCUGGGUUCUGGAUCCCGGUCACCAUGGAGACAUCAGCCCCACCCAGGGAGUCCUCGUCUUCCUUGAAGGAGAGUUCCUCCAGAACCUGACUGUCAGCUCUAUACCAGACGAGAUCCCUGAAGAGGUGGAACACUUCACCCUCAGCCUGACCAACGUGACGGGGGGAGCAAGGCUGGGGAGCGCGCUCAAUGCCAGUCUACAAGUCAACAAGAAUGACGAUCCGAUUUAUUUUGCCGACCCCGUCGUCGUGCGAGUAGAGGAGGGAGGUGUGGCCAACUUCACGGUGGUCAGGGGCGGGCGGGCGGACUUCGUCGCCACGGUGAUGUACCGCGUGGAGUACGGCGGGGACGCCUCGCCGACGGACCUCGCCCCGCUGGGCAACGACACCACGCUGGUGUACCAGGUGGGCGAGUGGGCGAAGAACGUCUCCGUGGUGACGGAGGACGACGACCUGCCCGAGACGGACGAACCCUUUCACAUCCUGCUGUUCAACGCCACCGGGGAUGCUGUUGUGUACGGUGUGGACACGGCCACGGUGGUGAUCGAGGCGAACGACGACGCCAACGGGAUCUUCUCCCUGGACCCCACGGAGAAGGCCGUGGAGGAGGGCGCGACCAACGACUUCUAUGUGAGGCGGGCCAGGGGCCACUUUGGAGAGGUGAGCGUCUUCUGGCGGCUGUACGCCAACGACUCCCUGACCGCGCUGGAGGAGGGCCAGGAGUUCUCCAACACCUCGGGCUCCGUGGCCUUCAGCACCGGGGAGAGGAGCCGGCCCGUCGUCCUGGAGGCCAUCCCCGACAGGCUGCCCGAGUUCAACGAGUACUACGUCCUCCGACUGGUCAACGUCUCAGGGGGGCACCCAGGGGGGGGCGGCCGGCUGGCCGACGCCGCCCUGGACGCCUCGGUGCUCGUCCCCUUCAACGACGACCCCUUCGGCGUCUUCGCCAUCGCCGACGGCAACCUGGACCAGGAGGUGGCGGAGGACGUGCUGUCCGACGAGGACAUGUCGGACGUGGCGUCGUUCAGCGUGCUCCGGGAGCAGGGCGCCUUCGGCGAGGUGCGGGUCGCCUGGGAGAUCCUCUCGGCCCGCUUCCCCCGCGGCCUCCCCCCCAUGGACGACCUCCUGCUCGCCGCCUCCUUCCCCGCCGCCGUGGAGCUCCGCCCCGCCGACCGGCGGCACCACUCCGGCACGGACGCCCGCGCCUUCUCCGGCGCGCCCGGCGCCCACGGGACGGUGGCCCCCGCCGACGCGCCGGGGCCCCUCGGCAACUUCACCUUCUCCGCCUGGAUGGCGCCGGCGCCGGACACGGACGGCUUCGUGGCGUCCAAGGGCGCGCCGGACGGGCCGCUGUACUACGGGCUGAAGGUGCAGACCAACCAGAGCCACGUCAGCCUGAUGCUCUACUACACGGCCCGGGGCGCCAACCGCACGCAGGUGGCCCGCGCCACGGCCGAGAACCAGAGGGGGGACGGCGCCUGGAUCCACGCGCUGGUCACGGUGGACGACGGCGUGGUGGGGUUCUACCUGGACGGGAGCCCCGUCCCUGGGGGGCUGCGGAGCAUCAAGGGGGAGGGCAUCGCAGACGGCCCCGCCCCCGUGCUGGUGGGCUCGGACCCCGCGGGGGGCCAGCGGUUCACGGGUCUCCUCCAGGACGUGCGUCUGUACGGCGCCCCGCUGAACCGCAGCCAGCUGCACGAGCUGCACGCGCAGCCCGCCCGCGCAGACCUGCGGGGGGUCUCGGGCUACCUGCGCUACCGGCAGGACGAGAGGAACAAGUCCUUCGUGGUGGAGGUGCGGGACGACGGCGAGGAGGAAGGGGAGGAGCUCUUCUACCUGCAGCUGGUGGCGGCGCAGGGCGGCGCCCGUCUGCCCUGGCCCCGCCCCACCGCCACGCUGCGCGUCAUGAAGAGCGACGGCGCCAACGGGCUCUUCGGGUUCACCGGUGCCUGCAUCCCCGAGACCACUGACGAGGGCUCCACCGUCUCGUGUGUGAUUGAGCGCACCAGGGGGGCUCUGGAUCACGUCUACGUCAACUACUCCGUCAUCGAGGCCGGACCCUCUAGCCCUGGGGGGCCGGCGGAGCAAGACUUCGUCAACGCCACCGGGGCGGUGCUCUUCAUGCCCGGACAGCGCUCCGAGGUGCUGAACCUGGUGGUGUUGGACGACGACCUGCCAGAGCUGGCCGAGUCCUUCCAGGUCACGCUGGUGUCAGCGGAGUCGGCUGACGGGAAGCCAGGCUCCACCCCCACCAGCGGGGCCAGCAUCGACCACAACAGCUCCACCAACACCGUCACCGUCACCGCCAGCGACCAUCCUUAUGGUCUGCUCCAGUUCCAGACCAGUCCUCCCGGCGACGGCCUGAUCAGCCCGGCCCUAGAGCCGGCCCGCGUCUCGGUCAGCGAGGAGGCCGGGGAGGUGCGUCUGCUGGUGGGCCGGGCCCAAGGCCUUCUGGGAAGGCUCACGGUCGGGUACCGGACCACCCCCUUCACGGCGGCCAGCCCCGAGGACUAUGAGGAAACAGAGGGGAUACUGGACUUCCUGCCAGGGGAGAGGUUAAAGUUCAUCACCGUGACCAUUGCGGACAACCCAGUUCCCGAACUGGACAAGAGUUUCCGAGUGGAGCUCUAUAACGUGGAGGGAGGAGUGGAUCUGUUCCUGCGUGGGGAAGGAAGUGGUAGUGGGGAGAGUGACUCUGACCUCCUGCUUCCAGCCUUCCACCGAGCCAACCUGGGGGACGCCGCCCGCAUCACGGUGACCAUCCUCGCCUCUGACGACGCCCACGGAGUCUUCCAGCUCAGCCCUGAUUCGCUGGUUGUCAACGGAACGGAGCCCGAGGACGGGCGCAGUAACGUGCUCCUGCAGGUGGAGCGCUCCUUCGGGGACCUCUCCAACGUGACGGUGUACUGGGAGGCGGACCCCGGCGCCGCGGGGGAGCUGGUCGCCAGCUCCGGCAGCGUGACCUUCGGCGUGGGCCAGAGCAGGGAGGGCUUCUUCGUCAGGGUGGCCGAGGACGAGCGGCCCGAGCUGGACCGGAGCUUCGGCGUCCGCCUGGUCAACGUGUCCGACGGGCGGCUGGGCGAGCCCGCCGACGCCACGCUGACCCUGCUGGCCAGCGACGACCCCUACGGCGUGUUCGCCUUCGCCAACGCCAGCCGGUCGCUCCGGCUGCCCGAGGCGGACGCCGUGGUCGGCCUCAGCGUGCGGCGGCAGGGAGGCCUGAUGGGGAAGGUGCGCGUGACCUAUGAGACGCUGCGCGAGGCGGACCGAGCGCCCUAUAGGACCCCUGGGAUUGGCAGGGCCAGCGAGGGGCGGGACUUUGUACCCCUCUUCGACUCGGUGGUGUUCCUGGCCAAUCAGAGCGAGGCCAACAUCAUCCUCCAGAUCCUGGAUGAUGAGGACCCAGAGAGAGACGAGUCUGUGUUCGUGGAGCUGACCGGCGUUCACGUUGUGGAGGCGGCUCAAGAGAGGAUUAUUGUCGACUCCCCCCGGCUGGGCCCCCGGACGGAGGCCGUGGCCCAGGUCAUCGUGGAGGCCAGUGACGACGCCUUCGGGACCCUCCAGCUGUCGGCGGCCGCCGUGCGCGUGGCGGAGGACUACGUGGGGCCCAUCAUCAACGUCACACGCACCGGGGGCAUCUUCGCCGACGUCUCCGUCAAGUUCCGAGCCGUGCCGAUCACGGCCACCGUCAGCGAGGACUACAGCGUGGCCUCUACGGACGUGGUGCUCCUGGAGGGAGAGUCCAGCAAGGCCGUCCCCAUCUACAUCAUCAACGACCUGGUCCCGGAGCUGGAGGAGAGCUUCCUCCUGGAGCUCAUCAACCAGACCACCGGGGGGGCCGUGCUGGGCGAGCUCACGCGCACCAUCAUCACCAUCCUGCCCUCCGACGACCCCUUCGGAGCCUUUGUCUUCCAGGCGGACCCGGUCACCCUGGAGGAGCCGGGGUCCGGCUCCGUGGAGGUGACCCUGCCCAUCGUCCGUACCGCGGGAACCAUCGGGACCGUGGCGGUCCGCUGGCGGGCCACCGUCGACGGGCAGCUUGCCACAGGGGACCUCCGACCCGCGUCCGGGGAGGUCAGCUUCGCCCCGGGAGAGACCAGGAAGACCCUCAGGGUGGAGGUCCUGGCGGAUGACGUCCCUGAGAUCACUGAGACCAUAAAGGUGGAGCUGACGGGCGCGAGUAACGGCGGGAGUCUGGGCGGGACCACGGCGGUCAACAUCACGGUGCCCGCCAACGACAACCCGUACGGGACGGUGUUCUUCGACCGGGCCGUGUACCGCGUUCAGGAGCCCCUGGACGGCGUCUACAUGGCCAACAUCACGGUGCGCAGAAGCGGCGGGAGCUUCGGCCGCAUGGAGAUCCUCUACAGCACCUCGGAGGUGAGCCUGGAGGACCUAGUGGGCCUGGCCCAGGUGGCGGGCCAAGACCUGCUGCUCUAUUACGACCCUCCCCAGCCUGGGGGCCUCACGUCUGGGGGAGGGGAGUUCAACAUCACCGGCGCCGCCGAGCCCCUGACCGCCUGCGCCGCCGCUUGCCUCAGAGAGCCGGCCUGCGGGGCCUUCUCCCUCGCCACGGGGCCGCCGCCGGGGGCGUGCUCCUGGGCGACCUCCGUGGAGGAGCAGGUCUCGGCGCCCGCCGGCCCGGCCGUGACAUACGGGAGGAACGCCACGGCGACGGCGGUGCUGCUGGGCGGGCGAGCGGGGACGGGCAGCGACUACACGGCGGUGACGGCUCGCCGCGGGUUCAUGGAGGACGGGCGGGCCACCGCCCACCUCGCCGUGCCCAUCCUCACCGACAAGCUGCCCGAGACGGACGAGAGCUUCGCCAUCGAGAUCCUCAGGAUAGAGCUGGUGAACCUGACGGUGGCCGAGAGGAACCGGCCCUCCGUGGGCCGGCCGCGCCGCGCGCUGGUCACCAUAGCGAUGAACGGGGACUCCUUCGGGGUGUUCCUGAUGUACAGCCUGAGCCCCGACGCCACGGAGGACGGCCUGCGCCUGGAGGUGGGGGAGGAGCCCCGCGCCGUGGCGCUGGUCGUAGAGCGGCGGGGCGGCAGCCUGGGCCGCGUCACCGUGGAGUGGGGGUUCGUCGGGGGAGGAGCCACCCCGGGCGAGGACUUCACCGCCAGCGGGGGGACGCUCGUCUUCAAUGACGGCGACGUGAGGCAGACCGUGGAGGUGUUGAUCCGUAGCGACAGCGUGCCGGAGGACAGCGAGACCCUCCUGAUCGGCCUGAUCCGCACCGAGGGGGGCAGCCGCAUCCUGCCCAGCUCCGACACCGUUACCAUAGUGAUCCUGGCCAAUGACGACGUGGCCGGGAUCGUGGGCUUCCACCCGGCCUCGCGCGUCGUCGCCACCAGAGAGGGAGAGCUGCUGUCCUUGCUGGUGUUGAGGACGGCCCCUGGCCUGGGCAACGUCACGGUGGACUGGUCCAUUCAGGGUCCCCUGCCGAACAGAACCUUCCCCAAAACCUCAGGGACGCUCCUCUUCACUCAGGGAGAGCUGAAUGGCACCAUUGUGCUGCAGCUUCUCGACGAUGCCACACCAGAAGACCAGGACGAAUACAGAGUGGUGUUGUCCAACAUACGCACGUUUGGGGUUCCAGUGACGGGCCAGGCCACGCUGGACGAACAGGGCACGGAGGCGGUGGUUACCAUAGAAACCAGCGACGAGCCCUUUGGGAUGCUGACCAUUGCGGCGUCCUCCCUCCACAUGAGGGUGGAGGAGCGCGACCAGACAGUGAACGUCUACGUCCAACGGGAGUUCGGGACCUCAGGGGCCGUGAACGUCUCCUACGAGGUCAUCAGAGGGGCCCUUAGCGACCUGUCCCAGGUGGAAGGGGCCUUCGCUGAGCCCGGCCAGGACUUCAUCUCUGCCGUGGGCUCCGUGGUGCUCGGGCCUGGACAGACCUCCGUGGCCGUCCCCGUCUCCAUCCUGGACGACGACAUUCCGGAGCUGCAGGAGUUCUUCCUGGUCAACAUCACGUCCGCUGUCCUCAUCACAACCCUCGCAAGGCUAGACACAAACGAUUUAGUGGCGGAAAUUAGCAUCGACGCCAACGACGGAAUCAGAGGAGUGAUCGAAUGGACAAACACCAUGUUUGAGGUGAACGAGUCGAUGGGGGUGCUGUCUCUGGUGGCCUACAGGAACAGAGGGUCCUAUGGGAACGUCUCCCUGUCCAUACACGCUCCUGACCUGGAGGCCCAGCAAGGACUGGACUACGAUAUCAACCAAACGAUGCUCCAUUUCGUGGAAGGCGAAAGGCACAAGUUCGUGGAGGUGCAGAUCAUUGACGACAGCAUUCCAGAGGGACCCGAGAGAUUCCAGCUGAUUCUCUCCAGGCCCUCUCCUGGCCUGGAGCUGGGAACCAACACCACGGCGACGGUGAACAUCAUGGCGAGCGACGACGGCCACGGCGUCCUCACCUUCAACGGCAGCCGCCACACGGUGCUGAAGGAGCCCACGUCGGCGUCGCGGCCCGGGGAGGGCGUGGCCACGCUGGACGUGAUGCGCAGCCCCGAGGAGGGCACCUUCGGCACCGUCACCGUGACCUUCUCCGUCACGGACGCCAACGGGAGCCUGGCCGUGGCCGACCUGAGGCCAGCGCAGGGCACGGUGGUUCUGGAGAACGGGGUCCGCUUCAAAACAUUGGAGAUCUUUGCGAUCCUGGACGCUGAGCCAGAAGCCAACGAGACCUUCACGGUGAGCCUGUCCAGCCCCACCGGAGGAGCUCGCCUGGGGGAGCAGCUGCAGACGUUCAUCACCAUCCUGGAGAACCUGGCCCCUUCUGGACUCUUCCGCAUCGGCCCCUCCCUCAACAGAACUAAUUCAGAAGUGGUGGCCCAUGAGGACGGCACGCCGGUCUUCCUGACCGUGUCUCGCAGUAACGGGUUGGAGACGGCUGUCAGUGUGGAAUGGGAGACCCAGGCAGACACAGCUAUCGGUUCUGAGGGCGAUCUUCCAGUGAUGGGGGUUUACCAGGACUUUGAGGAGCACCCCACCUCAGCGUGGUGCUCCAUCCCAGAAGAGGCCUCGUCUCUGGCCAUGAGACUGGACAGGUCCCCCUCCGUCGGGUCCACCCACACACUCGCCACUCUCUACCGCUGGCAAGGGGUGUUUGUACCAGUAGAGUCUGUGAGGAUCCAGGAGGCCAGUUCUUGCGUGGGGUUUGUGGUCAACGGCACCACCUUCAUAGCCAUCACCCACGGCAGGCCCAUCUCCAACCCGGCUGCCAACCUCAGCGUCUUCAGACUAGAGCCAGACCUCAACAUCACACUGGAGCAAACCCUUGGUGUUGAAGCGCUGGAUGUGAAACACUUCUCGGUCGAAAGCACGGAUUAUCUGAUCGCAUCAAGCCAAGUUUUCGUCCGCACCGGCACGCUCUUCGCUCUCCUCCAGACACUUGCCCUUCCUCGGGGCAGUGUCAGCGUUUCGCCGCUGUUUUCCCACUCCUCUUCAUCCUCCUCCUCCUCCUCCUACCUGGUCACCUGUGUAGACACGCCCUCAGACGGCUGCUCCAUCCACCGCUGGGCCGGCGGAAGUUUCCAGAACGACCCCCUGACCCUCCCCCUCCAGGGCAGGGCCCACCAGGUGGAGGUCAUCCAGGCGGACGGGGGGGUCACCCUCCUCUUCGUCGUCACCGACGGUCCUAGUCCAUCCUGUGAAGUGUUUCGUUGGGCCUCAGGGAAGGCUCAGCCUGAGCUGGUUCAGUCUCUCCUCCACCCUGACCUCACCUCCAUCCACCCCUUCACCCCUCCUUCUGGAACUACCUACAUGCUCUUGGCCGGCAGCAGCAGCUCGCUCCUGUACUCCUGGGGGUCUGAGGAGGGCCAGUUCUCCCCGGUGCUGGGGGUCCCUGCGGCCCUCAGCUACCUCUCCCUGGCCGUGACGUCGCUCGGUGCCUCCAGGACCCUCCUGGCUUCCAGCGGGGCCACCGGCUCCACGCUCUACCUGUUCACCUCCGUGUCCAACCAGUCUGACUUCAUACCCAGCCACGGCGAGCUGCGCUUUGCCCCCGGCGACAGUGAGCUGGAGAUAGCGGUCAACGUUCUAGACGACGACAUCCCAGAGAGGGAGGAGAACUUCCGGGUCGCUCUGAAGAAUCCCAAGGGCGGGGCGGAGAUUGGGUUCGGCGGUCAGGUGACCGUGGUCAUCCCGACCAAUGACGACGCCCACGGAGUCGUCGGCUUUGCCCUGGAGUCUCUGUACAUGGAGGUGGAGGAGCUGGAGCAGAACAACCUGAUCUCUCUGAAGGUGGAACGGUUGAGGGGGACCUUCGGCAGACUGACGGUCCACUGGGUCGCCAACGGCAGUCUGCCGGACAUAUUCCCCACCUCGGGAGUGGUGUUAUUCUCCGAGGGCCAAUCGGAGGCCAUCAUCACGCUGUCCGUGGUGGCAGACGGCGUACCGGAGGGCAGGGAGCAUGUGACGGUGGCGCUCAUGGACGUCAACACCGUGGGGCUGGAGGAGCCGGCGCAGGCGGCCACCAUCGCCCCGCGGCGGGCCCACGCCCUGCUCACCAUCCUGGCCAACGGCUCGCCGUACGGGGUGAUCGGCUGGCACAUGGACUCGCUGUUCGCCAGGGUGCAGGAGCCCACGGGCUCUCCGAUCAACGUGAGCCUCUCCAUAGUGAGGGAGCAGGGCUCCUCGGGGAAUGUGGCGGUCCGACUCCAGACCAGGCCCGCCCUAUCACAGCCCCCGGCCAACCAGGCCUCCGCUGGACUGGACUAUCUGGCCAGGGACGCCACGGUGGUCAUGGUGGACGGGGCGACCGUGGUCCUGGUCACCUUCACCAUCAUGCCGGAUGAUGUCCCGGAACUGGCGGAGAGUUUCCUGGUGAACAUCACCAGCGUGGAGCUGGACGGGGAUUCCACCGGGCCGGGCCGGCCCAGCCUGAAGAGGCCUGGCAUGGAGGUCGCCGAGAUCACCAUCCAGGAGAACGAUGACCCCAGGGGCAUAGUGCAGCUUAACGUGUCAGAGGAGGCCCAAGGGAGGGUUUUGGCCUAUGAGAUCGCACCACCGGACAAUGUCUUCCGUCUUGGCGUAGCGCGAUUGGCCGGGACAACGGGGGGAGUCGUCGUUUACUGGGAGGCUCAGCCAAUCACGGCCAGCUUUGAGGACUUCAGUCCAUCCUCAGGGAAUGUCACAUUAAAGGAUGGACAGAGAGAUGCCACGAUUGACAUCACCAUCAUCGAUGACGAGGAGGUGGAGUUGGAGGAAACUUUCACAGUGUCUCUGCUGCGUGUGACUGGUGGAGCCCGGUUGGGGACGGUGACGUCCGUAACGGCCAGCAUUCCGGCCAAUGACUCUCCUCUGGGAAGAUUUGGAUUCCAGGACCAGGAAGUUACAGUCAGCGAGCCCGAGUUCACCGACGACCCCGCUGCCGUGGCGACGCUCACGGUGCUCCGGAGUACAGGAGGCCGGGGUGUGGUGACGUUGGCAUGGCAACUAGAAGACCUGGCCAGGGAUGACCUCUCACCUGUCAGUGGAACCCUUGUCUUUGCGGAGACGGAGUCCACUCAGAGCUUUGUGAUCAGGGCGCUGGAAGACACUGCGCUGGAGGGAGACGAGAGCUUCACAGUGCGGCUGCUCCCAGGCACCAGCGCGGCCGUCAUCGACCCCUUAGCCGGUCUGGCCAGCAUCACCAUCCAGGCCGACCGAGCGGCCUUGGGCAUGGUGGGCGUGGCCGAGUCCUCCAGGGAUGUUUUCAUUGGUGAACCUGAGAGGGGAUACAAUGGAAGCACGGUGGUCAGCCUCGUGCGGGGGCCAGGGGUCUUCGGGGAGGUCCAGUUCUCCUGGAACAUCGCUCCCGCUGACGCGACCGAGUUUGAGCAGAUCUCCGGCGUCGUGACCAUGCGAGACGGGCAAUCCGCCGCCAGCAUCACCCUUAAAGCGCUGGACGACGAGGUUCCAGAGGAGCGGCGGGUGUACCAGCUGACCCUCGCCGCCGCCACGCCCGGUCUGGACGUCAGCCCCUCGGCGAGCCACGCCACGGUCACCAUGGCAGCCAGCGAUCACCCGCACGGCAGCUUCUCCUUCGCCCAGCGGGAGGUCGCCGUCACCGAGGAAGAGGGGCUGGUGAACGUGACGGUGGUCCGCUCCGGGGGCCGCCUGGGGGAGGUGGCGCUCAGCUACGAGACGUCAGGCGGCUCUGCCUUCAGCAGGCUGGACUUCAGCCCCGAGGCCGGCCGGCUGCUGUUCGCACCGGGCCAGACGUCACAGGAAGUCCCGCUGCGCAUCGUUGACGACGUCCUCCCGGAAGGGCCCGAGGAGUUUCACCUCAACAUCACGAGCGUGGAGCUUCUUAACGUCAGUGGCGUGGACUACACAGUGAGGGAGUCGGGGCUCCAGUUGGAUCUGCCUCCGACGGUAGGGAACAUCUCCUCAGUCAUCGUGGUCAUACUGAAGAACGACAACGCUGAGGGCAUUCUGGAGUUCCACCCGGAUCACCUCGACAUCACAGUGGAGGAGGAUGCAGGGUAUCUGGUGAUCCCUGUGCUGAGAUCGGGGGGUCAGUGGGGGCAGGUGUCGGCUCAGUACGUCUCCAGGGGUCUGAGCGCGACCCCUGACCUGGACUACUUCCUGUCCAACGGGUCGGUCACCUUCAGCCACGGGCAGGACACCAGCUUCAUCAACAUCACAAUCAUGGACGACCUGGACAGUGAAGCCGCUGAGACCUUUGAGGUGCUGCUGUCUCGAGCCACCGGGGGAGCUGUCCUGGGCGCCAACUCGGUAGCCAGGGUAACCAUCGCCAAGAGUGACUCUCUGAGCGGGCUUGUGCGUUUCCUCAACGAGAGCCGCAUUGCUCUGGUGAACCCCAACGAGACGCUCUCGCUCACCCUGGUCUUGGAGAGAGCCGGAGGCUUCGUGGGAAAUGCAACGGUGGCGUGGCACAUCCUGGGCCCCAACAGCAGGGAGCCUCUCCCACCGCUCAACCAGGACUUCCUGGAUCCCGUCAACGGCUCCUUCUACCUGGGCGACGGGGAGGAGGGGGUCCACGCCAUCCGGCUGACCCUGCUUCCCCAUGGGGAGGUGGAGGUGGAGGAGGUGUUCACGGUCCAGCUCAGCAUCCUGUCCGGGGAGGUGGACGUGGACACCGGGGCCGGGGCGGUCCAGCUUCUGAUUGAGAAGUUCGGUGACCCUAACGGCAUCGUCCAGUUUGAUGAGGCGGCGCUGAGCGAGCAGGUCUACGAUGAGCCCGCUGACGUCCAGGGCCCGCUCAACAUCUCACUGCUGCUCAGACGGAGAGAGGGCGUCAUGGGAAACAUCACGAUCCACUGGGAGAUCCAAAGUGAGUCAGACCUGGCCGGUGACUUCCUGAGUGCGGCCGGGGAUGUAGUUAUCCUGGUUGGCCAGCGGGAGGCGCUGUUGCUCCUCAGCCUGAUGCCCGACACGGUGCCCGAGGUGGAGGAGCUGUACCUGGUCAGGCUCACAGGCGUGGAGGGGGGCGCCACCCUGGACGGCAACCCCAACCUCACCAGUACACGCAUUAGGGUGCGGGCGAACGACGAGCCUCACGGCGUGUUCUCCCUGGACCCCGGCCGGCGGGCCUUGGGGGUGGGGGGCCCCGGGGCUGAGCCGGCCCGGUUCCUGCUCCUGAACGUCACGCGGUCGGGGGGGCUGUUUGGCAACGCCAGCGUGGGCUAUGUGGUCAGCGGCGGGCCGGAGGUCCAGGCUCUGCUGGGAGACAGAGCCACGGGCAGGGUCCUGCUGCCGGAGGGGGAGUCCUCUGUCUCCAUCACACUGUUGCUUAGCAACCAGGUGUUCCUGGCUAUCGGGGAGAACUUCACCGUGCAACUGACGGACGUGAGACUGGUCAGCCCUCUCCUCAGCACCCCACCUCGUCUCUCCUCGGACUCCACGGUUACCAUGGUGACGGCUGGGGAAGAGGCUGCCAACACUGAAGUCGGCUUUGCCUCGGUGGUCCUCCUGGUGUCCAGCCUGGAAACGGGGCAGUGCGAGGCAACAGUGUCACGGACUGGCCUCUUUGGGGGGGUCACCGUGGACUGGAGAACGGGGUACCCUCCGGGCCUGGCGCCGCCCGGGUUCACACCUGGAGCUGUCAGCCCAACAGCAGGCUCCGUCAGCCUGGCCCACGGCGAGAGGAGCCGGCCCAUCGCGCUGACCGCUCCGUGGAACCCCUCGGCGCCUGCGGCCUACGCCAUACAUCUGACUGCUGCCAGCCCCGGCACCAACACCACAGCCGCUGUCCAGCUCAGGCCUGGCUUCACGGUGGCCGAGGUGGAGCCGCUGGGCGUGUACCGGUUCACCCGCGAGUCCCGGCAGGUGCUGGUCGACGAGGACGCCCAGAACGUCACGCUCCACGUCCAGCGCCUGUACGGCGGCCGCGGCGGCCGCGCCGUCCUGUCCUACGCCACCGCCUCGGGCAGCGCCACGGCGGACGAGGACUUCGGCGCCGUGGCGGACGGCCGGGUCGCCUUCGACUCGCCGCUCCAGACCCGCGCCUCGCUGCGGCUCGCCAUCGCAAAUGACUCGCUCGCCGAGCCCGACGAGGUCUUCUACGUCAACCUGACCGACGUGCGGGCGCUGGGGGCGGCGCCCGGCGCCCGGCCACGCAUCGACCGGGAGCAGAGCGUGGCCCGGGUCACCAUCAGGGCCAGCAACGCCACCGGAGGAGGAGACGGAGGUGGAGGAGACGGAGGAGGAGAUGGAGGAGACGGAGGAGGUGGAGGAGAUGGAGGAGGUGGAGGGGUGCUGAGCAUCGGGCCCGCCCUGGUCCACACGGAGGAGGACCGGGAGCAGGACGGCGUUGAGGAGAAGAGGGUGGAGCUGAGGGUCCGCAGGGACGCCGGUCCGGGCGGGGCCGGCCUGGACGCCGCCGCCAGCGUCCGGGUCCAAGCCUACGGAGGCGGAGUCACGGUGGGUACGGCCCUCCCCUUCGCUCUGGACUACAACGGCACCCUGGCCCGGGAGGGGCAGGACUUCCGGCUGGCCUCCAGUGUGGUGAGCCUGCAGGCCGGGCAGAGCGAGGCGGCGGUGCUGCUGCUCAUCCUGGACGACUCGGAGCCCGAGGGCCAGGAGGCCUUCUUCGUCUACCUCUCCGACCCAGAGGGAGGGGGGCAGAUCGCCGACCGCACCGACCAUCAGGGCUUCGGGGCCUUCGCCAAGAUCGUCAUCCUCGGGAGCGACUUCCAAAACGGCAUCGUGGGCUUCAGCCGGGGGUCCCUGGUGGGUCAGACCCUGGACGAGGACUCGGAGAACAGGACCGCCCAGCUGGUGCUGCAGAGACAGGAGAACAGAGCCUUCGAGGACGUGCAGGUCUUCUGGAGAGCCACCCACAGCGCGGGUGCCCCAUCACUGGUCAGCGGCAGGGUGAACCUGACCCAGGAGCUGCUCGUCACCUCGGGCGCCGUGCUGUGUCUGAGGGGUCAGACGCGUUGUGUCCUCACACUGGAGGUCCGGCCCGACGAGGAGCCAGAGGGGCGGAGCUGGUUCCUGGUGGAGAUCUACCAGGUGGGCUCCGGGGCCUCCAUCAACCAGACGGCGCGCUUCGCCAACGUCACCCUGGCCGAGAGCGACGCCCCCCCCAGCGGCCUGAUCUACUUUGCGGCGGCCUCCCGGCUGCCCGUGGCCACGCUGAAGGCCACGCGGCUCGACCUGCAGGUCCACAGGCAGGCCGGCGCGGCCGGCGUCCUGACGGUGCGGUACCGCAUGCUGGUGCUGCCCCAGCCCGAGGCGGUGGGCCGCUCCAUGAUAUGGCCCGCGGUUGCCGGCCGGGACUUCCUCCAGCAGGAGGACGAGCUGACCUUCGCCCGGGGCCAGAGCAGCGCUACGCUGUCGGUGACCUUGACCCCGGGCCAGGCCUCGCCCGAGCCCACCCCCAAGCGCUUCCGGGUGGAGCUCCACGACGCGUCGGGCGGGGCCCGGGUGCACCCGCAGUUGGGCGUGGCCAACGUCACCCUGGUGGCGGACGCGGAGGCCGCGGCGGUGUGGGCGCUGCUGGACCAGCUGCAGACGCUCCAGCAGCCGCUGGACGCGGCCGUGAUGGACCGCGUGCUGCAGGGGCUGAUCAACAAGGCCACAGCGCUGCUCGCCCCCGAGCAGACCACCGCCGUGCUGGUGGCGCUGGGGAAGGUCCUGGCGGAGGCGGAGGGGAACCCUCUACAGGAGAGCAGUCGGGGGCUGACCUACGACCUGCUCUGCGCCAUGGCCAACCCCAGCCAGAGAGACACCCGGGGCCUCAGCCAGCUGUCGGAGCUGGCCGAGCGGUUCGCCUUCUCCCUGCUGACCGGGAGCCAGUGUGGAGAGCCCGGGAAGCGAGGCCUCACCAUCCUGGACACCUGCCCCUACCUCUCCAUCUCGGCCCUCCACUGGUACCCCACGCAGGUCAACGGCUACGUCUUCACGGGCCGCAACGCCGACACCUUCCAGCUGCCCGACGCCCUGCUGGCGGUCCCGCCGCCCACCGCAGGCCCGCUGCUGCCCUCCGCCUGCCGCCUGCUCCAGCUGACGGAGUACACCACCGACCACUGGUUCCUCACCGGAGACAAGGCCCUGGCCCUCAACGGCAAGGUAUUCUCCGUCAGCCUGCAGGACAGAGCUUCGGGGCCCCUGGCCGACGGUAUGGAGGUGAUGUAUCGUAUCCAUACCUCGGGGCAGCGGGCCCCGGCGGGCCAGUCCCUGUGCCUUCUGUGGAACCGGGCGGCAGAGAGCUGGCUGUCGGAGGAGCAGGUCUGCCGGGUGGUGGAGGACGGCGGGAGGUACGUGGAGUGUGCGUGCUCCCACCUCUCCGUCUACACCGCCUCCAUGGGCGCCUCCUCCUCCUAUAACGAAGCCUUCUACGCCUCCGGCUUCAUCUGCAUAUCAGGCUUUGCGUUGGCCAUCGUGUCCCACCUGCUGUGCUCCCGUGUCCCCAUGUUCGCUGCCAAGCUGCUCACCCACAUGAUGCUGGGAUGCCUGGGGACCCAGAUCUGCUUCCUGGCGUCGGUGUUCCGUGGGAGGAUGUUCUCUGAGGAGAGCUGUGCUGCCCUGGCCCUCUUCACCCACUACUUCCACCUCAGCCAGUUCAGCUGGAUGCUCAUACAGGCGGUGAACUUCUGGCAGGUGCUGGUGAUGAACGACGAGCACACGGAACGCCGCUACCUGCUCUACGUCCUGCUGGGCUGGGGACUUCCUGCCGUGGUCAUGGUGCUGCUGGUCAUCGUGCUGCUGGGCGGCUUCGGCUGGACCAUCCACGCCGUGUACGGCCUGGUGAACGGGGAAGUGUGCUUCAUGCCCAACGUCUACGCCGCCCUGUCAUCGGCGGCGCUGGUGCCCCUCGUCUGUCUGGUGGUGGUGCUGGUGGUGUUCAUCAACGCCUACCAGGUCACCAGCCAGUGGAAGGCCUACGACGACCUCUACCGCGGCCGCACCAACGGCACAGAAGUCCCCAUGGUGCUCUGCCUGUUCCUGCUGGUGUCUCUGGUGUGGCUGUGGGCCGGACUCCACCUGGGCUACAGGGACCUGUGGAUGCUCGUCCUCUACGUCAUCUUCAACAUCCUGCUGGGCUUGUAUGUGUUUGCCGUGUACUUCGUCGUGCACAACCAGCUGUGCUGGCCGGCUAAAGCGAGCUACACGGUGGAGAUGAGCGGCCAUGAUGCCCCGGACUCCGCCUACCAGGAGGGCGGGGCCGCCACCGUGGGCGGGGACAUCAACAAGUCCACCCAGAACCUCAUCAGUGCCAUGGAGGAGGUGUCGGACUGGGAGCGGGCCUCACUGCGUCUGAGCAGUCAGCCCGGCAGUGCGUUGCGGCCUGGCCCCGUGAUGGAGAGCUACGGCACGGAGGGGGGCUUCGUCAACAACCUGGUGGCCGGCGACGAAGACUCCCAGGAGUUUGACGACCUCAUCUUCGCCUUAAAAACCGGCACCGGCCUUAAUGUGAGCGACAGCGAGUCGAUCCACGAGGGUCACGACGAAGGGAGUGUCUCCAACUCCCAGAUCGUGGAGCUGAGACGAAUCCCCAUCGCUGACACCCACCUCUAACCCCGCCCUCUCUCCCACAGACCUCACCAUGCCUUCCUCUAGCAGAGAGAAACAAAGAGAGACAGUACAAACUACUUUUUUUAUUUUACAUUUUCCGUUGCACUAAAACACGUUUUUCGAUAGUUUUCUUAGAGUUGUUUGAUAUAUGAAGCCUUUUUUUUUAUUGUAUAUCUGAUUUGUUUUUUAUACUUGUAAAUGAACAUAUCAAUGUUUUACUAAAUUAAGUCUGAGUCUUUCAUGAAGUGUUCCUUUCUCGAAUGAGAAAAGGUUGGUCUCUUGUUGUACAUAUUGUUUUUAGUAAAGAAAGAGACAGCCAGAUGUGCCCUCAAUACAACUACUGCUGCAGAGAGAUGGAGAUGGUGUAAAAUUGUUAAUAAAUAAUUUACCAACUAUUUUACA